GACGAGCCGCGGGCAGCAGGAGUCCCCUCACAUCCUUUCUCUGCUCGGCUCUGCUGCGGACAAACUUUCUCGUCUCCGAACACACAUUCACAGUGGAGCUGAGUCAUGCUGUGACUUUUUUUUUUGAAUGUCAAAGUAAAGGAUAGUUUUUUAAGUUUUCGUGCUGUAAGGUGUUUUUUUUUUUAAGGUCUGGGCGGGGGGGCUGAAUUACCGCCCGGUUGAUUGUACUUCCAGCGGGCGGUCGUGCAUCCUGUCCGGGGAGGAGGUUUGCGGUGACACCGUUGGGACUUUCUGCAUCAAAACAAAAAAAACAAACCCGAGGACUCUUACGGAACUGCAAUCUGGAAGUAUUUCUCUUUCGUAAUCUGCCUUUUACUCGCUGGAGUUUUGCAACUUUUUUUUUAACCAGAAAUGGUUGGCAGGUUGAACUUGCCAAAUGUAUGUGAAGGAGAUCCACUGGAUAUGAUGAGCUGCAGGGCUGAUAGAGGACUAGACAGCCCGGACUCUGGGUUACCCCCGAGCCCGAGCCCCAGCGCCUGGCUGCUGCCUGUGUGCACGGAGAAAGCCGGGGGCGUGAGCCCGGUGUCUGAAGACGAGGGAAGAGGCUCCCUGGUUCCAGUUUUGCCCACCGGAUCGUUCCAGCAACUACACCCAUUGUCCUUCGGGGAAGGCAUAGCGCUCGAUCCACUACCGCCAAAGGAAAUAAGAUACACCUCAUCCGUGCACUACGACUCGGACCGCCACUUCAUCCAGGGCGUGACCCUGCAGCCAUGGGGCCAGGGCCUUGAACACUGCAGGCAAACCAUCAUGGCCGUGCCCCACAGUACCUGGCGCCACUACAAGACACAGCUGGAGUUCCAGCCCCGGCAUCGGCCACAGCACUUCAAGAGCACCACCAUCGUAUACCCCAAGAAAACCAGCGCCGUCUACACCACAGAGCUGAGCUACGACUGCCACCGGCUCUCCAGACGUUUCCUCUCCAGCGUGGAGCUGGAGGCGACUGGCCGCAGAGAGCUACCUCAGUGAGGGUGGGAAGGGGGGACAGGUUGUGCCUAUGGCCCCUAUACUGUAGCUCCCCUGAGGUUGGCUGCCAUUGACCUGCUGUGUUGUCUUUUUACAUUUGUGUAGCCUGUUAUCCUUUUUUUAAGUACUGUUCCCAAGCUUUGGACAUCUGCGAUGUUACAGAUUUUAGAGAUGACGAGACAAAGUGGGUGAAAUAUCCAUCCAGUCCAUGUCUUGAUAUGUUUAUAUUCCUGCCAGUGGAUGAUCUGUCCGUUUCAGGAAGGGAUAUUUCAUUAAAUGCUUCACUUUGCAGCUUGUUGGUUUCCAGAGGCAUGCUCAUAUUUGAUAUAUUUUUUACUGGCUGUCGAAUUGACUCAUAUGGACUGAGAUGAGGAUAAUACUUAUUUGCCCUCAAGUCACUGUCAUCAUGUUUUGCGCCAAGCUGGUCAAGUAUGCAGAGUAAUUGGUUUUAAAUUUGAUCAAAGGUGUGCGUAAAGACUUUGUAAUCCUAGAGAAAAGUGCUUGUAGAACUGUAUGUGCGACUAGUAUGUAAGGGAGAGGAAAAGGCAAUUACAUGUGGUGCAGGAGUUAGGAUGCAUGCUAAGAAAUCACUAACUUAUCCACACUGUACAGAGGUUGUGGUGAAAAUACUUAACACGUGUUUUUGUUUCUUCACAGGGUAUUGUGUAUUUUUUUUCUGCACAACAAUAGCACAAGCUAAGCUCUUCCCAAGCCUUCUCUCAGGCCACUGAUUAUGGCUGUGAUUCAUAAUGUAUAAUGUAAAUGUUGGUAGAUUAAGGGAACUUGUGUAAGCUUAAACCAACUGAUUUAAGUAGGUAGUACAGAUGGAUCAUGAGUGUGUGGAGUUUACUGAGGAGUGGAUAGUAUCUUUGAUAUCUCUCACUGACUUACAAGUGAAAAUAACAAGCUGCAUUCCACUGCUAUCACUUUCCUUGGCUUGACUUGGAUUGAAAUUGUAUUUAUUCUGUUGAAGUUUUAAGUUCUGAGAUUUUAUCAGCUGAUUAACGGGUCUCUCCACAGUCAUGGCAAGGGAUAUUUUUGUGUUGCCCUUUUGUGACUUGGUGUAUCUGUCGAUGCUUCUUUUUGAUAUUAGACACUUAUUCAGUGCCAGUUUGAAAUAAAGUGUUCAUUAGUUUAA